AUGCGGCGACCGUCGCUCGACUUGACCGAGCCCGAAAGGAACCUCGAGGAAUCGAUCCGAUCGCCCACCGCCGGCACCCCAGAUCCUGUCCAUCUCUCUCUCCCACCACCCGACGAAGAAAUCGAUCUCGUCGAGGGCGACGCCGACGCCGCCAAGAUCUCGACCCCACCUCCCCAUAUCGCUGCCCGCCUCUUCUACCGCCCGACAAACCAGACGCGACGAAAAGACAGCGCCGCCUCUUCUCGCCGCAACAGCAUCUCGUCGGCUCAGUCCCGAUCGUCACAUGGUUACAGCCUCGAGGGCGGUCCCCAGAGCAAAUAUGUAGCCCAGCACCUGCGUCGAGCGUCCAUUCUCGAGGACCGAAAGGCCCGCCUCGCAGACCGCGCCGCCCAUGCCGAAAAGGUGCGCCUGCGCGCAGCCAUCGCAAAGGCUGUCACCAAGGACACGAGCGCCAGUGAAGAGAGAGCGCUUGCUGCUGCCCAGGCCCGGGAGCGCAACCUGGCCGAGAUCGCUGCGUCUUGUGCCGAGGAGGUCAAGCGCGCCAAGGCUGUCGCUGAGACCAUGAAGGAGAAGCGGGAGCAAGAGGCGAGAAAAAUGAAGUCACAAAUGGAGGAGCGGCUGGCAGAGGCUGAGAGGAGAAGGGAAGAGUUUAGAAACAGGAAUGCGGCCAAGAUUAGGGGGAGGGAGCGUGGGCAGAGCUUGGGGAUGCGAAAAUCUCCUCCCGUCGAGUCCAUGCCCAACGCCGAUACCGAGACUGAUGGGAUGGAGCUCAGCGAGUCAGCCCCAUUGACCGAGGAUGCAGCAGUUUCCAAGAUUCAGUGGUGGUGGAGAACUUUCCAGCGGCAACGAGCGGUUGCCGAGUUUUCUGCACUUGGGCUGUCGAUUGAUGCGGUUAGGGAAACAUCGUUUGACAAGGUCACUGUGUUGCUGUCUCAGGAAAAGGUACUUCUUGUUACGUCCAGAAUACUGCGAAUAUGCGGCCUCGACGAGGGGAAACAGGGGUCUGUGGAGGAGAUGGCGGCAGUACGGACUUUCUUGAGUGCGUUUCUCAUCUUGGGGCACCCAUCUCAAGUGCUCAGCAAUAAGGAAGGCCAGGCAGUCGAGGAAUCGGAUCAGGACGGCUCGGGUCUGUCAAAGCCAAUACCCAAAGACGAGCUACCGAAUCCGCAGUCACAAGAGCUGGUCGGCAAGGCCAGAGACUUGCUUGUAUCGUUUGAGAAUAUUCUCGGGCGGCUGACCUCCUUCAACAAUUAUACCCCUCCGCCGCUACUCUUUACCACCUUUCCCGAAGUCUAUGCAACGUUUUAUAAUGCCUUUAUAGCAUGGAAAGCUCGGGACUCCAGCUCACUUGUGGAAUUGAUGGUCAUGCAGUUUGUGGAGCUUGAUGCCAUUUGGGAAUCAGUCAAGGACAGCACCGACGGGUCGGUCGAUCAGGUGUACAAGAAGAGCAUUCGUGACAACCAGCUCCUCUUGUUGGUCAGGAUCAAGAAGCUGGCCGGUCCGGCUCGGGGCAAGCAAAUGGUCGCGGACGCCGUCAAGGCUGCUCGGAGGGCCAAGGCAAAGAAGCCUGUUGGCGACAUGAAGCCUCGCGUUGCCGAACAUUCAGUGACCGAGACUGCCAUGGGCGUGCUUGGUGUGCAAGAGGGCAGCCAACAAGAUGCCUCCAGUCAAAUGCCGACUCCCCCGUCAACACCCGCCAGAAAGCGCGACACAUUCAAGGUCAAUGUCAUCAUUCCCAGCCAAAAGAGUUUGCUGCCUGACAACAGGAUUGUUGUCCAUGAGCUAGCCAUCAACAAGGAGUUCAGGACUGAGCCACACGAGUAUCACGAGCAACAGGCAGGCCUACUCAACCCAAUCUUUGAGGAUAUGCGAGUUACCAUGCAGACGCAAAACCAGGAGGCGCACUUUUUCUUGCUCCUCAGGGUCGCCGAGUCAAUUCGAGAGAAGCUUCAGCGGCUGGUGAAGCCGGGGAACUCAAUGCAUACCUUUAUCGGCGAGCUGCUCGACACGGAAACUGCCAAGCAGCAAUUCGCCAUGGGGAGCUUUUCGUACGAAAAGUUCUUUGAGGCGAUGGGAACAUUACUGCCCAAACUCUGUGCACCUGUUCGGGAUGAAGAAGUGAAGAAGCUCACCGAGGAGAAGCUCAGCCAAGGCAAUUACGUUGACCGUCUCGAAGCCUUGAAUGGCUUCAUCGACGUCAUGCUCAGCGACUAUGCCAACUACUUACUCCAGCUUGCGGCGCCGAAACUCGUGAUGCAAGCACCGGUUUACGAGGCGAAAGCAUUCGCCUCGGAUCUCGAAGCUGGACACUUUGAUCUAUCGGUCGCGCUGCAGACAUGGAAGGCUACGCAGCAAAAGCUGCUGGCUGAAGUCUCGAGGAGAGACCCAGAGGGCGUCAACCACCCUUCUUCCCGGCUGACAGCAAACCGCAUAUACGCGCAGCUCCUGGUCAAUUUGUUUACGCAGCUCUCACCUGUGGCGCUGGACGACAUGCCAGAGAUGCUUCGCCUUGACCACAAGCGCGCCGUGGAAGCAGGACGCUUGACAAGACGGAUCGUCAUCACUGGCGCCAUCCUGCUGCAGUGCAAAAACCUGCUGAAGCGCGACGUCCGAGCCCCUUGGCGUAACGAAGCCCAGAGGAUCUUUGCGGUGCUGGAGAGGAGCGAGCAGCAGGGAGAUCUGGCACUCGACGUUGCCGUGGAAGGCAUCAUGGCGGCGCUCGAGGCGGGACGGUCGAUGCCGGCGGCAACAAGGGGACAGCUCAAGGCCUUGGUCAGCAAGUUUCUGCUUGCUGGAGCGGAAGCGGCCACGCAGUCACGGCAGGACGAGGUGAGAGAGCCGGUCUUGAGGCUGCUGCUUGGACGACUCAGAGGCCACAUUCUCGCGCGGCUGGCAGCUGUGAGCACCAGUGACAAGGUCAAAUUCACCAGCACGGCAGGGGAAAAGCUGGCAGGAUUGGGUCUGGCCGAGUUUGUGGACAAGGUGAGGGAUAUGGUGGAGAUGCUUGGAAAGGUGUCGGUUGUCGAUCGGGAGGCUCAUGGUGUGUGGUGGGAUAAGGUAGCCGAGCAGGCCGAGGGUGAGGUUUCCGGGAACUAG